GACGUCCUGUUGCUGAGUCAGUUUAUCCGUUCUGAUGGAGGGAUGCUGCCACGAAGGAUCACAGGCCUCUGUUUGGAGGAGCACAAGAAGAUUGCUGUCUGUGUGCAGAUGGCUCACCGUGCAGGUUUGUUGCCAAACCACAGGCCUCCACUUCCUGAAGGGCAUAUUCCCAAGAAACCCAAGCUCAACAGGUAUCUGACCCGCUGGUCCAGCAGAUCUGCAAAGCCCAUCUGGAAGAGGGGCCCUAAGUGGUGCAAAAAACCCAUGCCAGUCGGACACCCUUUGCUGAAGGAUAACGUCAAAUAUACACACAAGCCUCUCUCUUUAAACCACUAG